GAGAUAUAUUAUUUAUCUUUUAGUCAAGCUAUUGGUUAGGGUUAUCUUAUCGAUUUAGGUUAUGACCUACAGUACAUUAAAAGAGUUUCGUUAGAUCUAUGUAUGAAAGUCAGUGGUGCGGUAUUUAUUGUUGAUUGUAAUACUAAUGUGGUUAAACGUACCAUACCUAGUUACUAUAAUAUGCAUUUGUGUCAAUGCAAGCGAUGACAACGACGAACCUAUGUUGUACUAUUAUGGCCUAAAAGAGAGUGAGCGCAGCCUCCCUCCUUGUAAUGUGCGACAAGCAUGUUCAGCGUUAGUGCUGCGCUACUGGCGCGCGCCCGCGCUGGUGCGUCUGUGUCGCUGCGCGCGCCGCCAGCGCUGCGACACCAGGCCGCAACACGACAGCGUCAUCGAACUUAACAACCGAGCAUACUUACAGUUCUGCCAACCUAUUGCCGACUGGCCAGAAUGUGCUAUUAACGAGAACGCUCUCACUGUAGCCAGGACCUACGCACGAAUGAACCCUGACGAGUUAGAAGAAAUGCAUCACUCGAAUAUACAGCUUGUACCACCAAAUAUAUCAUUCAAGUGUCGCUGCCGAGACCCUAAUUAUUGGAAACUAGCUUCUAGUGACGAUGGAAACAAUCGCGUGUAUCAAUGUUCUUCUCUUCAUCUAUGCAAAACCGGCGAAUUUUGUGGAAAUGUUAACUAUUUGAAUGCUCUAUACCAGUCAUGUCUUUGUCCUAAACACCACAUAUGCGUACAUAACGGUGGUACACCACGAACACACAUAUCUGAAUUACUCUACGAGGGAAGGGGAUGGAAAGCUUUUUGCCAACGAGUUGGAAAUGACUACAGUUAUGAAGAAUAUUAA